AUGUAAUAAGCAGACAUAAAUAAAUUUAAAAAACAAAUGAAAGAGGAAGAAUCUGCUUUUCUCCAUCAAGAAUUUUUACUGUGUCUGCCGCUUCCAUCGAGGGUUUAUAGAAGAAGCCGAAUCGCAAUCUGUCCGAUUUCUCAUUCCGUCUAAGGAUGGAAGCUAAGAUGUCGAGAAUGGUCAGGAGAACGGCUGCUUUCAUGUUGGCUUCUGCUUCCAGCUUGGUUGAGACUCAUCAUCGCCUGGGGAGAGGUACUCUUAACGCUUUCUCAGAUCGUUCCUCUGUUUUAAGUUGUCGGAGAUUGACUUCUUCUGGUGUUGGAGGCUACAGAGACAGAUUGAGAUUAGGGUUUCAUGAUUGUAAUGUCGAUGAGGCUGUCGCUUUGUUCGACCAGAUGGUUGGGACUCGUCCCUUACCUUCCAUUGUCGAUUUUAGUAAAUUAUUGGCUGCAAUCGCCAAAAUGAAACGGUAUGAUGUUGUGAUUUCUCUUUGCAAGAGAAUGGAAUUGCUACGUGUUCCACAUGACGACUACACUUUGAGUAUUCUCGUCAACUCUUUCUGCCGCUCAGGACAAGUGGUUUUGGGCCUUUCGGUCUUGGGGAAAAUCCUAAAACUGGGUUACGAGCCUGACGUGGUCACAUUCACUACCCUGAUCAAUGGAUUUUGUAUCCAAAAGAAGCUUUCUGUGGCGUUAAGUUGGGUUGACCAAAUGGUACAAGAGGGAUAUAAACCUGAUGUUGUGACAUAUAACACUUUGGUCAAUGGACUUUGUCGGGAGGGGAGAGUCUCUGAAGCCGUGAGUUUAGUUGAUAAGAUGUUAAAGAUGGGGUAUCAACCAAAUGUAGUUACUUAUGGCGCUGUUGUCAAUGGGAUUUGCAAGUCGGGGGAUUCUGCUUUGGCCUUGAAUCUGCUCAUGAGGAUGGAGGAGAAGAACAUUGAGGUGGAUGUCAUAAUGUAUAAUACGAUCAUUGAUGGUCUUUGCAAAGGUGGACAUAUAGAUGUCGCAUUGAGCCUUUUCGAAAAGAUGGAUAGCAAAGGGAUUGCUCCAAAUGUUGUCACCUACAAUUGUUUGAUAAACGGCCUUUGCGUUUUCAACAGAUGGAACGAUGCUGUCCUUUUGUUGAAUGAUAUGGCCAAAAGAAAAAUCUUCUCUAAUGUUGUCACUUUCAAUAUAUUGAUCGAUGCAUUUGUUAAAGAGGGGAAGUUUCUGGAGGCUAAAGAAUUGUGUGAAGAGAUAAUUCGAAGAGGUUUAGUUCCGGAUACUAUUACUUAUAAUACACUGAUCGAUGGGUUGUGUAUGCAAAAUCGCCUUGAUGAGGCGAGACAAAUGAUCGAUUCUAUGAUCAACAAAGGAUGCUAUCCAAAUGCAGUGACUUUUAAUUGUCUUAUAAAUGGUUACUGCAAGUGUAAUAAGGUUGACGAGGGUAUGAAGCUCUUUCAUGAAAUGUCUCGAAGAGGGUUGGUCGGUGAUACAUGUACUCACAACACUCUCAUACAAGGAUUUUUCCGAGCGGGCAAUGCUAAGGUCGCCUAUAAACUCUUUUUAGAGAUGCAGAGUCAGGGUGUGGAUCUUGAUCUUGUAACUUACACAAUAAUGCUUGAUGGUCUUUGUAAGAAUGGAAAACUGGACGAGGCACUUGAACUAUAUUGCGAGUUGGAAACGAGUGGGAUUGACCUCGAUAUCUUUGUCCAUAGUGUUAUGAUGCAUGGCUUGUGCAAGGCUGACAUGGUUGAUGAGGCACUCAGAUUGUUUAAUAAACUUUCUGAUAAAGGGGUUGAUCCGGAUGUAAAAACCUACACUACAAUGAUUACUGGAUUUUGUGGAAAAAGUUUGCUCAGUGAAGCCGUCAAGUUGUUUAAAAACAUGAAAGAGGUUGGUUGUAUGCCAGAUGAUUGUACGUAUAAUGUACUGAUCCGAGGUCAUCUCAAAGAUGGCCAUGUAGUAACUGUUAUCGAGCUCAUUCGGGAAAUGAGAAGCUGCGGUUUUUCUUCAGAUGUUUCAACAAUGGAAAUGGUUGUUGAUAUGCUAUCGGACGGGAGAUUGGAGAAAAGUUUUUUGGUUCUUCUUUCUCGAUGAGCUGUAACGUGGAGGUUGCUUUCAGUCAUGGAAGUCGUGGGACAACGAGUUCAAAAAUCUCUUAGGCAGUUGAUCCAACUGAAGAAAAUCCCUCUUAAGGCAGUGAUUGAACUUUCCCCAAUUCCUCUGAGAGUUUGCCAACGCCUCAAGCCUGAGUCCAGUGACCUCGACAGCAUAGGCCACACAUGUCCUGUUUUGCAUUGUAAAAUUCCAAAGCAAAACAAACUUACAACCUGUCAGUUUUUUUUUUCUAUAUAAGAGAUGCGUUAUUUGUAGAAUUCUGAAAAAUCUCAUAUGAUUAGUUAUGAUAUUUUAAUCGGUUCAUAAGUAUUAAGAUUUUAAUUUAUAUAAAUCCUCAUUUUUAGAGAUGCAGAUACAGGGUGUGGAUCCUGGUCUUGUAACUUGCACGUUACUGCUUGAUGGUCUUUGUAAGAAUGGAAAGUUGGACGAGGCGCUUGGAUUGUAUUGCAAGUUGGAAACGAGUGGGAUUGACCUCGAUAUCUUUGUCCAUAGUGUUAUGAUGAAUGGUUUGUGCAAGGCUGACAUGGUUGAUAAGGCAUUCGGAUUGUUUAGUAAACUUUUAGAUAAAGGGGUUGAUCCGGACGUAAAGAUGUACAAUACAAUGAUUACUGGAUUUUGUGGAAAAGGUAUACUCGGUGAAGCCGACAAGCUCUUUAAAAACAUGAAAGAGGUUGGUUGUAUGCCGGAUGAUUGUACGUAUAAUGUACUGAUCCGAGGUCAUCUCAAAAGUUGCCAUGUAACACCAGUUAUCGAGCUGAUUCGAGAAAUGGGAAGCCACGGUUUUUCUUCGGAUGUUUCAACAAUGGAAAUUGUUGUUGAUAUGUUAUUGGACGGGAGAUUGGAGAAAAGUUUUUUGGAUCUUCUUUCUCGGUGAGCUGUAACGCGGAGCUUGCUUUCGGUCAUGGAAGUUGUGUGACAAUGAGUUUGGACGUUAAAUGCACCGUGGCCUUGAUCCUAGCAGUUUCUUCUUUUUAAAUUCAAUUGUGGAGAUUGCUGGCUGGUGAACGAGAAGGUUAUGAGUUGCUGGAAGUGUUCUUGCUAAAGGUUUCUUAAUGUCUGAAUUGGAGAGAUUGGCGUUGAUUUGUGGGUUUAUGGUUUCUUAAUGUCUGAAGUGGAGAGAUUGGCGUUGAUUUGUGGGUUUAUGGUUUCUUCUGUUUUCCGUCGGUGACUGCUUAAAAAUUUUCUGGACCUGUACUCUGAUGCUAUGUAACAUGUUCACGUUUAAGGUUCUUACAUAUCUAAACUAAACAGUUGAACAAAUUUACUGGUUUAAACUUGGAACGGACAUAUUAUCAGAUUUCAUAA